ACACGGGAAAACGCGCGUAAGCGUGCGCGCGCGCGCGCGCGCGAGAGAGUCCCCGAUCUCCCGUUCUUUUCACCAGGCCGUCCAGCGCGGCGGCCUCGCACCGAAGGAACAGGCGGCGCACUUGUGUGUUUACGCUUGAAGCAUUGACCGGCCACCACGGCGACCAUGUACGCGAAGGGAAAAGGGUCGUCGGUGCCCUCGGAUUCUCAGGCAAGAGAAAAAUUGGCGCUUUAUGUAUAUGAAUACUUGUUACAUGUAGGAGCACAAAAAGCAGCACAAACUUUCCUGUCCGAGAUCCGAUGGGAGAAAAAUAUUACACUAGGAGAGCCGCCCGGGUUUUUGCACUCUUGGUGGUGCGUCUUUUGGGAUUUGUAUUGUGCAGCGCCUGAGAGAAGAGACUCUUGUGAACACAGCAGUGAGGCCAAAGCGUUUCAUGAUUAUGGAUUUGUGAAUAGUGCUUACAACGUCAACGGAAUUGCACACAAUGCUGGACCAGCCCCAUCUCCAAUUGGUCAAAUGCCACCAAAUGAUGGAAUGCCUGGUGGUCCCAUGCCUCCUGCUUUCUUCUCAAACAACUCGACAAUGCGACCAUCUCCGCCCACACACCCCUCAUCACAGCCAUCCCCCCAGCACCCCCAGCCACCCCCGCCCCCACACUCGCAGAUGAUGUCCACUCAGUUUCCUAUGGGUCCUAGAUAUCCAGCAGGUCCACGACCUGGUGGAGUACGUAUGCCGCAAAUGGGAAAUGACUUUAAUGGACCACCAGGACAGCCAAUGAUGCCAAAUAGUAUGGAUCCUACCAGGCAAGGCGAAGCUGGAGAAUUUGUAGGGUGGCAAGGCCCACCGGGAAUGAAUCCAAUGAAUCCGAGAAUGAAUCCUCCACGAGGACCAGGAAUGGGACCGAUGGGCCCUGGAAGUUAUGGUCCAGGCAUGAGAGGUCCACCGCCCAAUAGUACUUUGGGUCCAGGAGGACCAGGAGGUCCUGGAAUGCCACCAAUGAGUAUGGCUGCUCCGGGUGGUAGACAACAAUGGCAACCUAACACAUCUACGCCAAUGAAUUAUUCGUCUUCAUCGCCGGGCAAUUACGGAGGACCGCCUGGAUCAACAGGGCCACCAGGACCUGGGACACCUAUUAUGCCUAGCCCACAGGAUAGUAGCAAUAGCGGAGGAGAAAACAUGUAUACCAUGAUGAAGCCUGUACCUGGCGGAAAUAUGCCGGGUGAUUUUCCAAUGAGCGGUGGACCUGAAGGCGGUCCAAUGGGUCCUAUGGGUCCUAAUACAAUGGGUCCGGUUCUAAACGGUGACGGUCUCGAUGGAAUGAAAAACAGUCCAGCGAAUGGUGGUCCUGGAACACCACGGGAAGAUAGCGGCAGCGGAAUGGGUGAUUAUAAUCUAGGUGGAUUCGGAGCUCCUGGAGAGAAUGAUCAGACCGAGUCGGCGGCCAUCCUGAAGAUCAAGGAGAGCAUGCAGGAGGAGGCGAAGAGGUUUGAGAAGGACUCAGACCAUCCCGAUUAUUUCAUACAAUAACUCUUCACGAGUCGUUGGAUCCCGAGACCAAAUUAACAAUAUAAGAGAUAAACGCAAUUUUGAUUUCCUCUCUAUCCUUAGUCCGAGAACUUUCCAUUCUUUUUCCCUGUACCCUCUUCUUUUCUCCAUCUUCUUCCCGAUCCACCGCCGUAGGAUCACUAUCCCUUAGUACGUUUCCCCUCCUUUAUUCAUUCCUCUCUCUCAGAUAAAACCUUUCCUGCAACCUUACAUAUAUAAGAUCUUCCUCUCUUUUCUUCUUUCCGAGCCGUCGAACGACGUAGAUCGAUCUCCGUGAGGAAGGGCGCAAGAGAGAGAGAGAGAGAUCCUCUCCCGUGCGCAUUGGCGACCCAUCCUUUUUGUCGCGCGCUGCUGCAAGGAGGACCACGAUGUCGUCAGGACGGGAGGAGAAAAAGAGAGAGAUAAACCUUCGAGACAGAGAGAGAGAAAGAGAGCAUCGAUUUCGCGCGACUCGUCGGCCGACAUUUUCGCGCAGAGCGAUGUUGUACAGUAUCGAACAUUGAUAGUGUUGUUAUCCUUGGGGUGGACACGCCAAUCUGAACGAACGAAUAACGCGUUCAAGAUUGCUUCUUAUGAUUUGGUUUCUCACCAGUCGAACCAAAUGAAAUAAUACGAAUUUUUCCUUUUUUUUUUACAUUUUCUACGAGAUGUUUCUUGAACUUCAACAGAAAACUGACUGAAAGCUGAAAUUCGCUUUUACUCUACAUUCGUUAUUCGUUCGCUUAGCGUAAGUCUACCCUUAGGCUGCGACUGUGAGCGUUGUUCCAGUAUCUUACUUAGUACAUGACGAAAAGAGAGAGAGAGAGAGAAAGAGAGAAAGAAAGUGUGCGUGUGUGUGAUAAUAUUAUAUUAGCGUAAAGGUUAAACUUCUGAAAUUUUUACGGAUCAGGAUCACGAUUGUUUCCAGGAUAAGCUCGCGAAAUUUUCUAAAUGAUGUUUUUGAUCGCAAUCAUCGCAUGCGUUUCGUGCAACAAAUCUCAAUUGAGAUUCUUAUUAUACAACCAAAUUCGUACAAUCAUUGAAUCAGCCGAUCCAUCUGAAUUGGUUUAUUCAUUGGAUUUGAUCAUCCAAGUGAACUAUGAACUCUAUAAUUGGAAUCGAUUAUGAUUUACUGGAAAGUGUCAGACAUCAGUCUGGUAGUCAAUAAAACUACGAAAAAUUGUAAUUGAAAUUGGAUAAUUCGAGGAUUUACCUCUAUCUUCCACUGUACUACAGAGAACGAUCUUCGACAGUUAACAUCAUUCCCGCCACAUCGAUGGAGAUUGUGCAAAGUGGUUCAAGUCGUAGAACCCAAGGACAAAAAACUCGAUAACGGCAAUUGCGCAUAACAUGGAUCACAAGAGGAAUUAAUCGACCGGAAAAAAAGAAAAAAACAAAAAGAAAAGGAUGUUGUAUAGUCACGGAUACGUAAAGGCGCUAACAAUUGCGCGAUAGAACAUUUACGACCGCGAGGAUGAAAGCUGCGUCGCCCAAAUGUGGAAAAUCCUUGGUAUUUUGUCACGAUCGAGGACCAAAUUUAUUUCUAUUGUACAAUAAGUAUGCGAUUAUCUCACCGGAACAAUUCGUGUAAGAACUUAUACUAAAGUUGAAGGAAGGGGUGCUCAAUCUACCUGUAUAGCCAGUUGUAGAGUAUUUUGUUAGGAUCUAUACUUUUCCACGAUUGCAUUUCGCGAUGAUCAAUGGCGGUCGGUGACGUUUCACAGUACCGUUUCAUUCUAUUGCGUAGUUUAACUUUUAUAUAAUUCCGUUUUUUUUUUUUUUUUUUAAAUAUGAAAUUGUACUUGGAUAUUCGUGGAAAUUGACAUUCUCUACGAAUUUCUUUACACCCCUGAAGAAAGAUUAAUACACUGCGAUUAAUUGUGACUUAUAUAAUGUAUAUUUCAUGACAUUCUCCACGAAUUUCUUUAUACCCCUGAAAAAAGUUUAAUACACUGCGAUUAAUCGUGACUUAUAUAAUGUAUAUUUCAAUUUCAGUCUAUUAUGUUUAAUCUUUAUUCUGAUGGAUAGUAAAAGAUGAAAGAUGAUUUAUGUAUCGACAUAGAUUAUUUUCUAAUUAUUAAUUAUAUUAUUGUGAUAUUCUUUCACGCGAGUAGUGCAAUUUCGAUUUAUUUAAGCAAAGUCUUCUUGCACGAUAUUAUUGCGCAAUAAUUCAUGUUGAAUAAUAUUGAUGCAUAGAGGCAGCCUGACCCUUAAGUCGUCGAGUAUGUAGUGAGCAACACGCGUAUCUAAUGACUAAAUUAACGAAAAUAUGCUAGAAGAAUGAUUUCACGUCUGAGCCAUUGUGCUUUGUGACUGGUCAUAAAUAAUUGAAACCUCCGUUGUAACAAUUUUAAUUACUACGUUGAGCGCGACACUUUUAUAUAUAAUUUUAACUCGUACAUGAGAAUAUGUACGAGUUAAAAUUGUAUGCGAGACAUUGCUAUUAGAUUUUAUAUACGAUGCGUUUCUCACUUAAUACUCGUUUUUGUUUUGAUGACGUCCUAUUGAUUUAGAUAUCAGAAACACUGAAAAUCGUCGAAUUUUACUGUUGUACCAACAAUCAAUUAUAUACGAUUGUUAAGAUUCGUUUCUUUUCUAAAAUCAAAACGCACUGAGUAGUUCCUCGAUAAAUUAUAGAUUAAUUUAACACAAAACUGAUUAAUAUUUUUUCUUAUUUUCGGAAAAGAUAAGAGAAGAAAAAGAAAUAAUCUCGAUCGCUCUCUCUCUAGCGUUAAAUUCAGGAUGUCUUACACGAUAUUUUGUAUAAAGAAUAGAAUAUGUGAGUUCCAUAAGAAAUUCUUUUUGCGAAUCUUUUCUCUGCGCGCUUAAUUUAUUUAGUCUGUUCUUUCUAGAUGCACCUUGUCGCGCUUUUCUUCUUCCUUUUUUCUCUUUCCAAAGCGUAAACAUAUAGUUGCUUCGUUUUAAGUGCAAAAAGCGUGAUAAGAGUGGCAGCUAAUAAGAAUAGAUCUAAAUAAUCAAUCGAUAUGUAUCGCGAUGGAGGAGAAUAUUGAUAAUUUUAUUGUCGAGUUACUUUUGAUCCAAGUCGAAUAAAAUAGUGGCAAUGGUUCAUCGCAAUCCCUAGACGGGAGUUGCGCCUUAUGUUACAUACGUCCUUGUAUAUGUAUAUUGCUAAGUUCUUAAAUGUAUGUAUUCGGACUCGAUCAUAUUAUCUCGUGCCUCUUGUAUUCCUUAUUUAAGAAUAUUUCGACAGCGACGCGUGUGAGUGGGUGAGUGUAAAAAGAAAAAAAUCUACCUUGAGGAAAAUCGCGUUUAACUCUUUCACUAGUUCAAGCAAGAGUGAAUUAUUAGGUCACAACAAACAGACGCGGCGUGGUUUCUUUGUCUUUUGCGACGAUUUUCUCCCGUGGGAGUGACUGAAAAUUAAGAAGCGCCCAGCCACCAGUGAGAGAGUUGAAAGCGGAAUUCGAGAUAGUGAUUGAGCCCGCGUUUAUUAGUUUAUGCAUUCGCGAUCGAGAGGGACCGAUCCGAUAUCGAUUGCGACCACGAAGGGCAUAAUGAAAAGAAAGAAACUUAGGUAUUAUAAAUCGAGUCGCGCACAGUUUCUUCGCGAAUCCGGAGCCGGAGAAAUCGGAGCGGGCAGGAGCUUGAUCGACGCGUGGUCGACGAUUCGUCGAGAGGGGCGACUUACUCGAUGAGGAGCGCGUCCUCAUUUGGAGUAGCGUCCACCCUCCCAUCCACCCCUCGCAUCCGGCCUCCCUUCUCCCCUUGUAAUUAAUUUACACACGCGUAACCAUUAUACACAUGCGUUCACACACACGGGCUGUAAAACUUGCGCAGCAGACCUCACGCAUUCUACGGAUUCACGCAUGAUUUAUUGACAUAAUUAUAGAAAUACCUACUACGAGUAUAGCAUUCAGUAGCAUAAAUAAUAAAGUAAUUAAAUAAAUGUCAUCUGUAUAUCCUA